AUUAUACUUCUCUCGUUAUAUUACUUUGCAUGAAAGGAGGAAAAUAAAUUGGAUAUAUUCUCAUUACUAAUUUUUGCAAUUCUGAUUAAAGAAUUCAAUUAUAUAGUUAUACGAGUGAAAUAGCUUCUCAAUUUAGAGUGUAAUUUAGCAAAAGCACUUUUCUAAAGAGCAAUUAUAAAUGGAGCAAGAUUACAAGAGUUGUGUCCAAAGUUCAGUAGGUUCAGCUGCUUAAUAUUUAUGAUCUGCAUCUAGGUAAGCCAAGUUCUUGGCGUGGCCAGAGGCUUCACUUAAUGAGAAAAAUAAUCCAUGCCACGAGGGUCUUAUAAAAAAGGAUUUGGAAAUUCACAUCCACAAACACCAUCUGAAAUUACUCCAAUUUUUUCUCUCAAAUGAUGGAGGAAAAAGUCCCUACUAAAACCCGCUUCACUCUCCAUUCCAUCUUAACCAUAAUCCUCUGUCUUCUGCUAUCACAAACCAACUCCUUAACCCUCCAAGAGGACACUCUUGCCCUUCUUGAAAUAAAACGUGCCAUUGAUCCCAACUCAGUCACCCCAAGUUCCUAUCUCAACAGCUGGGACUUCUCAGUGGAUCCAUGUGAAAGCACAGGCUCACAAUUCCUAGGAAUAUUGUGCUACUUGCCCUUAGACAACUCCUCUAGUAGAGUAACAGAAGUUGAUCUUGAUGGCGUUGGCUAUGAAGGGUUCUUAACACCAGCUAUAGGGAACCUCACUCAGCUAUCAGUGCUAAAUCUCAACAACAACAAAUUCCGGGGUCCAAUACCAGAAACCAUAGCCAAACUAAGAAAACUAACAAGACUCACCAUGUCACAAAACUAUUUCACUGGGGCCAUUCCACAAGGGUUCACUGAACUCAAGACCCUUCAAUAUCUUGAUGUCUCAGGGAACAGGCUCUCAGGGCCAAUCCCCUCUGACAUCACUGGCUUGAGAAGCUUGACCUACAUGAGUUUGUCAAACAAUGGUUUUGCUGGCAGAAUUCCAAACCUCACGGGGUUGUGGCAACUCAGCACACUAGACCUUAGCAUAAACCAGUUUUAUGGGGAUCUUCCAAAUCUCCCUGUGAGUUUGAGGAACAUGUAUUUUCACCAUAACAUUCUCUCAGGGCACUUGACACCCCUCAAGGGACUCAUACACCUUAAGUGGUUGGAUGUGAGUGACAACAGACUCUCUGGGGCCAUAAGUGGGGAUGUUCUCUCCCUAAGAAGGGUUGUUCACCUCAAUGUUUCUUUCAACCGUUUCACAACAUUGGAGGUUAUCAAUUAUUCCUUGCAAGGGCCUAGGCUUCAAGUGCUUGAGGCUCAAGGGAACCACUUGAGGGGUCGUUUGCCAGUGAAUUUGGUGACUUUUGUGAACUUGACUUCAAUCAAUUUGGCAAAUAACCAAUUGACUGGUCCCAUUCCCUUGGAAUAUGGAACAAAAGUUCAGACAUCGUGGAGAAGAUUGUACUUGGAUCACAACUUUCUUUCGGGAAAUCUUCCUUCGGAGUUUGCUCAUUCAUCAACAAACGUUAGAGGGAGCCUUGCAAGUAACUGUCUUAGGUGUCCAACAAAUGUUGGUCUCUGCCACGGGGGACAAAGACCGUCCACAGAAUGUGUGGGGCAACACAACGAAUGACACUCACGAUUGCAAAGAUUAGUCUAUACUUUCGACCAUGAAUAUUUUAAUAUUUCAUACCGAUAUCAUAAUUAUUAAAGAAAAAACACGCAUACAACUUAUGACAUUGGUUUGAAUAUUCACUGCCUCAGUGAUUUUGCUUCCUCCUAAGGAAAUGAGAUCUAAAAACACAAGCGACAAUAACCUAUCUAAAUGGUGUGC